AUGGUGGAGAAGAUGCAGUACGUCAUGUUACCGGCCAAGCAUCGCACGGUUUCCAAUACCGCCAAAGUAUCGGCGGAAGUUCUUCCGGCACCGAAGCGGCACUUUGUGAAAGUGAACGAGUCCGAUUUUGUGAACGAAAUCAAACGGCGACCCAUCCUGUACAACUAUAUGCACCCGGAGUACAAGCGCAUCAGUGUGCGCAACGAUGCAUGGGUCCAGGUGGCGUUGGCGAUGAAUUUGUCCGAACAGGAGUGCAAGAAGCGAUGGCGCAGCAUGCGCGAUGCAUUUCACAAAACCAUCCGCACGAAGAACGAGGAAGAGCGCAAAUCGUGGAUUCACUACCGGCUGCUGGAGUUUAUGCUUCCAUACAUCAGAAAAGGAGAGUAUGGUAGCCUCAACGAUUGUGGCCAAUGCAACGGGGACGAAGAAGACAUCGACUAUCUUGGCAUAGAUAGUGGCGAGGAGCUGUACGAAGGCCCGGUUACCGUGUCGUACAUGACUCAAGACGGCAAGCAGUUGUAUCAGGUGACAAAUGUACCCUGGGAAAUUGGCCGCACCAUAAUCGAGGAAGAGACGGAAGAAGAACUGGAGGAUAUCGACCCAGAUGGUACGUUGGACGUCGCUCAACCACAGUACAGUCCAUCGCAUGAAUAUUUGCUCUCGACCGCAACGGACGACGAAGCGGCUGAGCAUGAAACGGUGGUGUACGAGGAGCAACUCGAUUCGUCGAUGCAGCACAUUGAGCGCACCGAGUUCCAACCCGAAUGGAGUGAGGAAUCUGAGCUCAGUACAAAAGAGCGGUUACUACCGGAGGAAGAAAUCCGCUCAGUUUGUAAACGACCGAGAAUAGAGGCCAUCGAGGAGCAUGACGUCAGGGAGAACAGUUUCGGUGCAGUCGAACUCGAAGAACGACUAUCGGAAGUGGCACCGCCCAUAGCGGGGUCAGAACAACCAACCGCAUUACCGUCCAUAGCAAUAGUACCACCAGUACAGCCACAAAGGGAAGAACACAAGGAAUCAGACGCACGGCUUGGCAUCACCGACCCGGACGAACGGUUUCUACUGUCCUGUGCACCGAUCUUGCGAAGGCUAUCGAAUAAGAAGAAUCAAAUGGCUCGACUCAAAAUACAGCAGGUGCUGUAUGAGGUGGAAUAUGGAGAAAAAUACCCUUACGAGAGUACGUGA